AUGACCGAUGACGAUGAGUCAGUAGAAGUAACAUCAGAAUCCUCAGAAGAGAAGGAUACCGACUAUCAACAGACAAGAUUUAUUUCAACCUGCCAAUCGGCUGUAAAAGACCCGCAUGGUUUGAUCUAUACGGAGGCUGCCACAUACAACAACUUAGCUGCCGCAUACGACUCAGUUGCUGAAUACGACUUAGCUGCCAAAUGCAACAACGACUCGCUAAACGACACUCUACAAGACAAGCGAUUUUACGACAAGCUUGUUCCGCCAUCAAAUUUAUCAGUUAUAUUUAUCCGUACUCAGGAUGCGUUACAAUACGAUCUCGUGAUGACACGGAAAGGUUGCUUCUGCCACCAAUUAUUACCCUACAGCGGCCACGUCGCCAGAAACGCUGCUGUUAUUACUAUAUCCUCGAUGGACAUUUCACGCUCAAGGGGCACUAUUAUUGAUGAAAGAAGACUUGAUAGUAUUUCUUGGUUGGAUUCAUUCUCCCUCUCACCAUCAUCAACUUAA